UUUGUUUUGAAAGUGGAACACUCGAUGAAUGAAUUCGAAUUCAAAUCGAAGCAUUUUCUCGUUUUGCAGUUUUGCUGUCAAUGUGUUAUUGCGAAAAUUAUUAUUUUACGUUCUAAAAUAUUCUGUGAACGCGGGAAUUAUAACACAUAUAUUUCACAUUUCAAAUGUUUAUACAGCUAAUAUUUCUAGAGGAUUGGGAAGUUUUAUGAUAGAGACACAAUGAAGACUGAGUUGUUCGGCGAAGUAGAGACUGAUGAAGAAUAUGAUGACCCCAUCAGACUGUUCGACACUGAUGUGAAUGCGGUCCUCUUCGGUAGUCAGCCUACAGUCGUCAGACAAGAUAACAACAAACCUGGUUAUCAUUGGCAGUUUCAGAAAAUUGAUGAUGGCGAUUCGUGUCAAUCUAGGGAGUUACCUACUCAGAGGUCAGAUAAUUCUCAAUUGAAUGUCAAAUUAGUGGAUUGCGGCAAGUUUCCAUGGUACUUUAGAAAAUAUACUCAACAAAUACUCCAGAAAUUGAAUCCUGAUGUAUCGAGCGACAGUGAUACCGAAGUAGAUGUACUGCAGGUAGACGAUUGUGAGUCCAGUGAUUGUUAUAUUGUAGUAGAUAUACACGAUAAUAAUAAUACAAAUAAGGUAAAUAACGAGGUUAAGGACAAUAUGGCCAAUGUUACUCAAGACAAACAAGACGAGAAUAAAAUAAUAAACAAAGUUAAUCAAGAAAGAAUUAAUACUUGGAGAAACAAUAUCGAAUUACAAAAAGCUUUGAGUUUAAAAAACGUGGACAAAGUAGACUUCAGGCGUAACACAGGAUUAGUGGGCAUGAAAAUAAUGCCGAAAGUCAUUAAAAAUGGAGGGGUGGAUGCUGCUUCUAAAAUAAUAAAAAAUAGAAAACGAGCUAAAACAAAUACAAAAGAUAAAGUGAAUGCUGAAAAAGGUUUAAGUUUCGUACAUAAAGAUUUGCAGGAAAUACCUAGUCUAAAAGGAAAUAGUUUUAUUUGCCAGCCUCAAAUUAGUAACAGUAAACAAGAUACAGUAGUAGAAAAACAUAACUCUAGUCAUAUUACUAUUUCUAAAAAUGUGCCACAACAUAUUAGCAAACCACCAGAAAACCUUGUGCCGCCAACCUUUCCAAAAUCGAAUGAAAUCAUUGAUUUGUCUUCUGAAAGUAAGCACACUAAAAGUUUAUCUAUUUCUGAUAACAAAAUUAAUGUAUUGAACGAAAAAGAUCGUAAUUUAGGAACAGUUGAGCAGAUAAAACGGGUAAUAUCGUCUAAGCCUACCGAUAAAGUCCUUACGUCAAACGUUAGAGAUAUCAAAAAGACAAAUAAAUAUAAAUUUGAACAAAUGAAAAACCUGAAUAAGGCAGUUGUUAGCGCCCCAACAUUAAAUAACGACCUGGUACCAAAACUAGGACAGGAUGAUAAAGAAAUGAAGCACACCAAACAAAAAAGAAACAAGAAUGAUAAUACGCAAAGUAAAAUUAUUAAAUCUGAUAAGAAACCUAACAAAAAAGUCGAAAAACAGAAAAGUGAACCAAAAUCUCCUAUUUUACCGUGUAGUACUUUACCAAAGAAACCUAAACCUAAGUGCCUAGAAGAAGUUCCUAAUAAAUCCAGCAAGUCUGACGCUAGUACAAAAAAAUUGAAUGCAAUUAUUGGAAAACUUACAAGCUUAAAAUAUUCAAGUGAACAGAAUUUGUUUCCGCCAAAACCACCACCCGCAGUUUUACACAAUUCUGAUAAUUCUAUUAAACAGGCUUUACAAUUUCAGUGUACUUUAACAAAACCUAGUCAAGAACGUGAAACUGAUAAGACUUUAAAACCUUCAGAGAAAAAUUGUACUGAUGUUCAUAAAAUUAAUAGCAAAACUUCCAGUCUUCAAAAUACUCAGGCCAUACCUUCUAUCAUUACUACAAAUAAAAGUUCAGUUGAACAAAAGAAAUUGUCUGAUAAGGUGAUUCAUAAUGUUAGUAUAAAACCUUCUAUAAACAAUGCCCCGGUAAUGAAUCCUGCGACAAUCCAUAAAAGCAAGCCUAUUCCUGUGGUUACACCAACAAAUGCUCCCAAACCAAAAAGCAUUUCUGAAAAAUAUAAAAAUUUUCUUAAAUCUCUUGAUCCUGAAUUUGUAGAUAAAAAUAAAGUUGACAAUUCAGUCAGUAAAGGUAAAAUUAACUUUUUCUCUGUGCAAAAUAGAUAUGCAUCUGCUAUAAUUUUAAAGCCUAAUCAACAAACAAACCGUCCAGUUGGAAACCCAGCGGAACGUUCUAUGCAAGCCGUACCAAAUAGCCAUACACAACGACCCAACGCGAUGUCUAUCCCUGUCCAUACACAACAACGCUAUCAAGAUCUUCAUCAUAUCUAUCCUCAAUAUUACCAAUCUUCUCCUACGGGAAGAUAUCAAAAUAAUUAUCCAGGUUCCAGUGUAAACCCUGUACCACAUCAGUUUUUACCACCACAUGAUAAUUUACAACAGAAUAAUCCACCACAAACCUUUUACCAGGGUCGUUGGUUGCCACCACCUCCUCCUCCCCCCCCUCCACCACCGCCACUCCCAGCUCCUCCAUCAGGCUCUAUUAUGCCAAGCGGUAAUACCGGUGAUCCAAUUCAAUAUGAUCCUUAUUUAAAACAAUCCCCAUGUCCACCGAUAUCAAACUUAAGACAGAUGCCAAAUACUUUAGCUCAAAAAUCAGUUAAUAACCUGCUGACUAAGAAUAGUAGUAUAAUAGGCGUAAAUAACGCAGGAUUGGUAAAAAAGAUUAACAUUGUUGCUGUACCUGCUGCAAAACAUAUUAAAAACAGAAAAGAAACCGCAGAAGAAGUUAAAACUUUCCAAGUUUUGACUCCUCCUAACGAACCAGAAGUAGUUGCAACAAAGACAGAAAUGUUGGAAGAAUUAGAUAAAGUAACGUUUGUAGACGAUUUGAGUUGUGACGGUUACAAAGAAAAUAGUUUAGACGUAUCAAUAAUGUCGAGCAAAUCUGGCAGGUUUGAGUCCUUAAAGUUGUCAGUGAACAAAAACGAACAAGACCUAAAACGACAAAGAAAAGGAUAUUCACCUCCAAUUUUACCCAUUCCAACGUAUAAAAAGGUUUUGGACGACGUAGCUUCAAAGUCACAAUCAUGUAUCAAAGUGCCACCAUUAACUGCCGUAGGAGAUCCGAGACUGUAUCUACAAAAUGAAAGCAAACCUUUGCGUGCAGAAGUUAAAAAGACUAACAAAAGGAAACUAAACAAUGCAUUUAAUAAACCUAAUGACGCUAAACGAAAAGAUGAUGCCAAAAAGAUUUCUUUAGAAGAAUAUAAAAAAAGGAUAUGUAAGACUGAUAAAAAACCUGCACAAAUUAAUAAAAAAGUGUGUAAAGAAAACUUUAGACAUAAGUCAAAACAUAAUCAUAGAGAAAACAGUACAGACACUGAUCUCGGUUAUGAUUCGGAUACUACAGUCGUAUUGUGAUCACUAAAUACACUCUAUUGAAAAAAAGCGGGCACCCAUGCGAAAUCUUGGUUUUAAGGACUUUAUAUGCGUUCCAAAAGAUUUUAAUGACUGGAACUGGACUGGACUUAGUCCAGGACACCACCACUAGUUUCACUACUUUCUUAUGAUUCUCCAAAAUUCUAAUUUAGAAUAGACUUUUACGCAUACCGGACUAACCCUUUUGAUGCUAGUCAUAUAUUCCAGCCAUUAAAAUCUUUUGAAGCAUACAUAAAGUCCUUAAAAACCAAGAUUUCGAAUAGGUGCACGUUUUUUUGCAAAAGUGUUUAUUAUAAUUAUUAUAGUAUUGUCUUGGAAUAUUUUGAUUCUCGACAAAGUUACUGGCGUUCGGUAAAAGUAACAUUAAAACAAACAAAUAACAUUUUGGUUAUUUUUUAGUUCAGUGAGAUAUAGUUCUUUAUAAAAGGUACAACCCAUUGGUAUAAGACUUAUACCAUAAGGAUCGAUUAAACCCACCAUUGUAUUUUUAUGUUGUUAGAAUAGGUACCUAAUUGUUUUCUAGUAUAUAAUGUAAACUGUUUUGUCUAGCCUUUUUUGGUUCAGUUGACAGUUGCUGUCAGUCUGCAUGAACAACAGUAUUAUUCCUUCAAAAAUUUACAGCUGUCAGUUGUACAUAAACGCGGUAGCACAAGAGUCGAAGUUUCACAUUUUAUUUUUUGAUGUUUCAUCUUCUGGCAAAUAAUAAAAAUUGUAUGAUUUAAAAUCAUUGUGAUAUGAUCUUCCCACAGACUGUAUUUAAUUACCUUGACUGUAUUUAUUACGUAGAGAUAGUUGUUGUCACUAUCUGUAUACGUAAGGAAAAGGCCUUAAAGUUUACUUUUAUGGGUAAUUGCUACCCCUGUAGGUGUCAAAAAUAAUUUUGGAUCCAAAA